AUGAUUAUGAAUGACGGUCGCGAUGCUAUGUCUGAUCGCGGAGUGCUCCAUGCGGAGGCCAGUGUGAACACCCACUCUAUGAACAACGCGGCGUCUCCCGCGCCUCACAAACCAAUUCCUUCGGCCGAUUCCCAAACCGCACAAUUGCCGCAACCAUUGUCACUACAAAUAGAUGGCCUGAACGCCGUUACCGUCGCUCAUGGCGACGGUAACCCGAACCCAGCCUAUAUCGAAUCAUCGGAGCGCGGCAGCGAUACGUCAGGCGAUGGCCGACGACUAGGCCUUUCCGCUAGCACCCUCACAGACUCUCUUUCCAGCUUUCCUUCAUCCUCGACCAAUGGUAAUAGCCAGUCGGCAGAGUUCAGUAACUCUCAUACAUUGAAUGGACAUACAUCGAUACCGUGGGUGGACCGGGAGUUAUUGGAAUCCCAGCUCGCCCCGCACAUGCAGCCGGUGAAUGGAGGUGCCUCAAUAGAUCGAUGGCAACCCUCAUUGUCGCCGAUCAAAUCCGGCAAUGUUGCAAUAUCACCGCCGCCAUCACCAAAACAUUCACGCACAAGGUCAAAUUUUGAUACUCGCUUGGCCCCAAGCCAGAAACGGACAGCAGCUGGCGACUUCAAAUCCACUUUAGAUCCACCCACACCUCAUAGUGCCGACGCGAAUGGAGCUGCGCGACGACGUUCGAAGAGCACGGGCUCGUCAGCUUAUGGGAGUAGGAUUGCACAGUUGUCGGUCCAUAUCCGUACACGCCUGUCAUACGCGGCUGCCAAAGUAGAACAGGCCCGACAGUCGCGCGAAGCUACCCCACAAACUGCAUUGCGAACACACAACAGCGCGUCGCCAUUGAGCCCGUCGGCACCAAGUGACGUCGCAUCAUUACCGGCAAGAAGCUCUACGCGUUUUUCACCAGAUUCUCAAGCAUCUUCCAACGGAAACUCCAAUCAUUUCCCGAGCCAUAAUCGCUCGCGAUCAGCAUUUUCAUCUAAUCAAUUCAUUCCAAUUCCCAAGCUAGCACCGCCUGUCGAUAUCAUCUCAUCAAAUGGUCAUAACCACCGCCGUCGCCCGAAUCCUAACGCAGUCUCCAAACCCUCAGACCACAACCCUAUCUCCCGCCACCGACGCCACCAUUCACAUCAAGAGAAUGCACUCACCCGACCACUCAACGGCCAAGUCCUAGGGCCUCAGAUACCCUCGCUCUCAUCAUCUCUCACACACCCACCAACAUCCACACCGAACGGCUUCUAUAGACCGCGCACCCAUUCCGAAAAUACACUUAUGGAACAAGAUGCCAUCGAAACCCUGAUGUUCAUGUCCAGCCCUGAGAACUCGGGGUAUCGAUUCAGCCCUCGCCCUCUCCAAGCAGCGAGCACGCAAAGCAGCCUGAAUGAGUCCAUAAACGCUCCCAGCAAUGGAACUCACCGCAAUGGAAGCCAGGGCUCCCAAAGCUUAGAAUCUCACAAUGAUUGUGGGCCCGAGAGAAAACCAGGGAUGGAAGCUCAUGCUGGUGAUGAUAUUGAUCGCCUCUUGGAUCAAAUGGAUAGUGAUAGCGAGGAUGAGGGCCGAGGGCAUGAUCGCCUGAGGUAA